AUGGCCUUUGUCCAUAACGAUUCGUGCGAGUGUGUCAAAUCAGAGUUGGACCUCUUCAGUAUUCCACCUACUCAAACCAGUAUUGAACAAGGGCAAUGGAUAGAAUACCACCCCCUGGCUCAAUUUUCAGACGGAGGACCCAUCGAGUUUCACAUUUCUGGUUCAGGAAGCGAAUACCUAGAUCUCACUCAGACACAGGUCUAUGUAAAAGCAAAAGUGGUCCAUCAGGAUGGUACCAAUCUUGUGGACGGAGAUCAAGUUGGACCGGUAAAUCUGUUUCUGCACUCCCUCUUCUCACAAGUGGAUGUCAGUUUAAACGAUCGAGUGAUCACGCCUUCUACACCAACCUACCCCUACAGGGCUAUGAUUGAAUCAUUGCUUCAAUAUGGGUCAGAAGCCAAGGAGACCCAGCUGACCUCGGCUCUCUUCUACAAAGAUACCGCUGGCUGUAUGGAUAAUCCCAACCCUCUAGAUAAUACCGGAGAUGCCAACCAAGGUUUGAAGAAGAGACACGGUUACAUCAGAUCAUCCAACAGUUUUGAGAUGACGGGGCCGCUUCACUGCGAUCUAUUCUUUCAACCCAAACACCUAUUAAAUGGUGUAGAUGUACGAGUUAAAAUGAUCAGAAGCAAGGAAGAAUUCUCCCUCAUGUCUGCAACACCCGAUGCUCCCUACAAAGUUGUCAUUCAAGAUUGCUCCCUCUUUGUUCGGAAGGUUAAAGUUUCCCCCUCUGUGAUGAUAGGGCAUGCAAGAGCGCUGGAAAAGGGAACAGCUAAAUAUCCAGUCCGACGUGUGAUGUGCAAGGUUCUCUCUGUCCCUCGUGGGGAAAUGACGUUACAGCAGGACCAUCUUUUCCUGGGACAGAUUCCACAGCGUCUCGUUGUGGGAUGUGUAGAUAACAAUGCUUUCAGUGGCAGUUAUGUUCACAAUCCGUUCAACUUUCAACACUUUGACGUCAAUUACAUGUCCCUCUACGUAGAUGGAACACAAGUUCCAUCCAAACCAUUAACUCCUGAUUACGGACGUAUCGCUGGAUCGGCUUCAAUCAGAGCUUAUCAUACCCUCUUUUCAGGAACGGAUAAAAUGUUCAGGGAUUCUGGAAACGAUAUCAGUAGGGAGGACUACGAUCGUGGAUACGCACUCUAUGCCUUUGACCUCUCCCCUGACUUAUCAUCGGGUCAGCAUUUCAACUUGAAAAAGCAAGGAAAUCUGCGCUUGGAGAUACAUUUCAGGAAGAAUCUACCACAGGGAGUGAACAUUGUUGUCUAUGCAGAAUUUGACAACAUCCUAGAAAUUGACCGAGCCCGCAACGUCCUGUUUGAUUAUUCUGUGUAA